AGAGGAGAGCGAGACUGAGGAGGAACAGCAGAUAACAGACCACUACACAUUGUAUCUCUGUAUAUAUAAACCAUCUAGCUCACAUCCUCCUCCUCCUAUAUAGUGUAGUCCUGUUACGCUAGCUACCCCUAGCAGAUCGAUCGAUCCUCCAUCCAUAUCUCAUCUAUACUAUAUCUGAUCAGCCAAUCAAGCGGAUAUAUAAAUAUACAUAUAGUAGUAGUAGUAGUAGUAGUAGUGCCAUCGAUCGAGCUUUCUGCUGUGCUGGUCGCGAGGGCAUAUAGCCAGUGCUCUGCUGUUGGACUGGCGGCUGGCCGGCGGCCGACGAGAUCGAUCAUGGACCGCUUCGCCGAGACGGAGGGCAAGAGGGCGCACGACCCGCUGUACAGCCCGCGGCGCGCAGCGAGGGCGACGGCCACGGGCUUCCCCGUGGGCGAGCACGGGGAGGUGCUGGCGGGACCGGUGAUCGUGGGCGCAGGGCCGGCGGGGCUGGCGGUGGCGGCGUGCCUCACCAUGUGGGGCAUCCCGUACGUGCUCCUGGAACGCCAUGGCGGCAUCGCCUCGCUGUGGCGCCACCGCACGUACCGAAGGCUGCGCCUCCACCUGCCCAAGCGCUACUGCGAGCUGCCGCUAAUGCCCUUCCCGCCAAGCUACCCGGCCUACCCAACCAGGGAGCAGUUCCUCGCUUACCUCGAGGACUACAUCGCCACCUUCGGCAUCAGGCCUUUCUUCUGCCAGGCCGUCGUCAGCGCCGAGCACGACGGCGACUUCUGGUGCGUCCGCGCCGUCGACGGCGGCAGCGGCGGAGUCACCAGGGUAUACCGCUCCAAAUGGCUUGUCGUCGCCACGGGUGAGAACGCCGAGCCCGUCGUGCCCGACAUCGACGGCAUCAAUGCCUUCAGGGGCCUGGUCAUGCACUCCAGCGACUACUGCAGCGGCGAAGGCUACCGGGGUAAGAAGGUGCUCGUCGUCGGCUGCGGCAACUCCGGUAUGGAGGUGUCUCUUGACCUCUCCAACCAUAAUGUGCACACCUCCAUGGUUGUGCGUGACUCGGUCCAUGUCCUUCCAAGAGAGAUCAUGGGGUUCUCCACUUUUGGUUUGUCCAUGUGGCUUCUCAUGUGUCUAUCGGUCCAGACAGUGGACCAGGUCCUCCUCUUACUCACGCAGCUCGUGCUAGGUGACACCUCACGCCUCGGCAUUCCUCGACCUAGCAUUGGCCCGAUGGAGCAAAAGAAAGUCUCCGGAAAGACACCGGUUCUAGAUGUGGGAACUAUAGCGAAGAUCAAGUCUGGAGACAUAAAAGUGUUUCCAGCAAUUCAAAGUUUUCAACAGCAUGGUGUUCAAUUUAUUGAUGGCAAGACUGAAUCAUUUGAUGUUGUAAUUCUUGCCACUGGAUACAAAAGCAAUGUUCCUUAUUGGUUAAAGGAGAAAGAUUUCUUUUCAGAGAAAAAUGGAUUUCCACGCAAUUCAAAUGAAUGGAAAGGAAAAAAUGGUCUUUAUGCUGCUGGGUUCUCAAGACGUGGGCUCUUUGGUGUGUCCAUGGAUGCUACCAAUAUUGCCGAUGACAUCGUCCGGUGUUGGAAUGACUUUGGCUAUGAAAGGCACAAGAGAAAAUAAUAUCUAAUUUGUUUGAUUGAUAAGGUCAUCCAUCUUUAUAUUUAUUCAAAAAUUUUGUGAAUACGUGUACUAGUCUAUUUACAUCUAUUUUGAUGGGUAGGUGCAAUAGGAAAAAUAUGAUGAUAGCUUCUCUAUCACCACAAUCAUAUAGUUGAAUUAGGCUAGUACAUGUAAAAAAAAUUAUAGGUUGAUAUUUUGUCUUUUCGUUUUGCUCUAACAUUAGAUCUCCUAAUUUGAGAUAGUUGAUAGAUUUUUUUGUGAGGUUGAAACGAUUCUUUUAUUUUAACAAGCAAUGUAAGUUGUUUUUGUAAGUGUUGACUGUAAUAGAUGA